AUGGUGUCGGUCGAUCUCAGUGGCUCUUGGAAGUUGGUGAGCAGUGAGAACCUGGACAAGUUCUUGAAAGCAUGCGGUGUCGGACUGGUACACAGGACAAUGGCAUGUAAAGUGAACCCUACUGUCGACAUCAAACAGGAUGGCGGGGGCACGUUCGAGAUCGCGACCAGGACGCCGUUGAACAAGCAAGAGAUGCGCUUCAAGGUGGACGAGGUGUUUAAAGGAAACAUCCCCUGGGAGAAGUCGGACAGGGAGAUGAAGGCAUCGUGGGAAGACGAGAAGCUCGUCAUCAGAAUGAUGGAUGAUGUCGAUGGAAGCGAGCCCGUGUUCGCCAGGUACAUCGACGGGGAACAACUCGUGCUAGCUCAGAGCAAGAAAGGCGUAGAAUCCAAGCGGUACUUCCAAAGGAUAACACAAACUAAAGAAAGAAACCAAUGA